AUGGUUGGAGACCCCAUAAGUCAAGACGAGACGGGUCAAGACCAGCCGAGGGAUCGUGGCUCCGGGUUAGAGGGGCCGGCUGAGGUGGAUGUAUGGCGGCAGAAACUGGAGGAGUUGGCGCCGCCAGGCAUGGCGCCGCGGGGCGUGCCGCAAUGGACGGGGUUGAUGAGGCGGAAUGAGAAGAAGUUGCUGCGUGUGCAGGCGUUCCACGGUGUGGGUGUGCCAAUCGGGUCGAUGCUAAGUGACAGUGUGUCAAUUACAUUACGGUCACCGUACGAAGAGUUACUUAAGAAACGCUUCCUGUCACUCGGUUUCCUGGCUCCGGCACCUGGCCAGAACUACGCCAACUUCCGGGAAUACAUUGCCUAUUUCGAGGGCAAGAACCGAGCUGGUGUUGCCAAACAACUCGAACAUAAACGACUUGUCUACGUCCUACCCCACUCCGCCCCUGGUCUCGCCCAGGCGCUGACCGCACUCCAACUCUCUCCCCCCAUUGACUCAGGUCCGGACGAAACAACGUCCGGCGGCAUGCCCCAUCUGGUCAUCGUCAUGACGGCACUCCCGCUAGACGAUUGA